GCGCCAGGGGAGGGGCGCGCGGGGCGCAGGGCGCGCGCGGCGGCCGCUGCGGCCUGUUGGCGCGGUCGCCGGCAGCCUCGAGCGAGUCGAGCUAGGGGCCGUGGCGGCUGUGACUGGCGGGGAGCGCGUGUCCGGAUCAGUUCCCUAGUGGCCCGCGACCAUGUCCCUGGGGCAGCGGCUGGCGCUGCUGGCUGUCCGUCUGCAGGAGCCGCAGCGGGUGGCGAGCUUCCAGCGUUUGUGCGGAGUGGAGGCGCCGCUCGGCAAGCCGGCGGAGGGCGAGGAUGCCGAGAGCGAGGUUCGCGGGGCGGCGGGGAACCCUCGGCGACGGGGACAGCAGCCGGGCGUGGAGCGCAGCCCUGGCCCCGCCAAGCCCGACUGCUGCGGCGCCCCCAACGGCGUACGCAACGGGCUGGCUUCCGAGCCGGGCCCAACCGGGCCCCGCCGCGCGGGCUCUCUGCGCCGCAACUCGCUGACGGGCGAGGAGGGCGAGCCGGUCAGGGUGAGCAACUGGCCGCUCUACUACCUGUUCUGCUUCGGCACCGAGCUGGGCAAUGAGCUCUUCUACAUCUUCUUCUUCCCUUUCUGGAUCUGGAACCUCGACCCUUUUGUGGGCCGGAGGCUGGUGAUCAUCUGGGUGCUGGUCAUGUACCUGGGCCAGUGCACCAAGGAUAUCAUCCGCUGGCCGCGGCCGGCCUCGCCUCCCGUUGCCAAGCUAGAGGUUUUCUACAACUCAGAGUACAGCAUGCCCUCCACGCAUGCCAUGUCCGGCACCGCCAUCCCCAUCGCCAUGGUCCUGCUCACCUACGGCCGCUGGCAGUACCCUCUUAUAUAUGGGCUGAUUCUCAUUCCCUGCUGGAGUUCUCUGGUUUGCCUAAGUAGAGUCUACAUGGGAAUGCACUCCAUCCUGGAUGUUAUCGCUGGGUUCCUGUAUACCAUUUUAAUCUUACUUAUCUUCUACCCACUUGUGGACCUGAUUGACAACUUCAAUCAAACUUACAAAUAUGCUCCGUUCAUCAUCAUCGGUCUCCACUUAGUUUUGGGCAUCUUUUCUUUCACUCUUGACACCUGGAGCACAUCCCGAGGAGACACGGCUGAGAUUCUGGGAAGUGGUGCUGGAAUCGCAUGUGGUUCUCAUGCUACUUAUAACCUGGGCCUAUUAUUAGACCCUUCUCCACACACGUUCCCCUUAGCCAGCCCCCCACUUACUGUAACUCUGUUUGGAAAAGCCAUAUUACGGGUCGUCAUAGGAAUGCUGUUUGUACUGAUCGUAAGAGAUAUAAUGAAGAAGAUCACCAUUCCUUUAGCCUGUAAACUCUUCAGUAUCCCAUGUGAUGAUAUGCGUCAAGCCAGGCAGCACAUGGAGGUAGAGCUUCCAUACCGGUACAUAACCUACGGGAUGGUUGGUUUCUCCAUCACAUUUUUGGUUCCCUACGUAUUUUCCUUUAUUGGUAUCUCUUGAUGGAGAAAUAGUGUUUAUUAUAAGAAAGGAGGCUACCAGUUAUAUCUAAAACUAUUCUCCAGGUAAAACUCAGAUCAGAGGCUUUUGCAAGAAUUUAACUUAAAUAAGUAAAUUCUGCGGUCAGUGCAUUUGAUCAUUGCACAUCCAGAUGUUUUAGGUGGGCUGAGCUCCUUCAGUACUAGGAAGUGGUGUGCCCGUUUAGAAUGUUCACAAAAUGUCUGGAGAGUUCUGUGCUGUUACAAAUUGUAGUUAUAUAUAAUAUAUAUUAAGGUAUACAGUGUGCAAAUGUGUAUCUAGUAUAUAUAUAUUAUAUAUAUAUUUUAUAUAUAUAUGUAAUUAUUUGUCUAAGAACUGUGGGGUGUAUUGGAAAAUCAAUAAUGAUAUGCAGUUGUGCCCGCGUUUUUGGAAUUAAUGCAGGCAUGUUGUUAUUAACAGAUAGGUUUAAUGUCUAUUUCCUAUGAGAGCCAUUUCCUAGUUGAAUUGAUAAAUACCAGACAGAUUCCAUAUGCUACCACAUACUGAUUUACUGCCUCUUUUUACACUGCCAUCCCCUUUCAUGUUAUCCAUGAUGUUGAACAUGGGAGGCAUUUUUAAUGGACCACGUUUUUUGGAAAAGUUUAUAUUUUGGAUGUCUUUUUUUUUUUCUUUUUUCUUUCCUGCAGCUACCAUAGGUGACUUGGUGACUUUUAUUUGUGAAGCUCCCAGGCACACCCUAGACACACAAUACAAAGGAAAGCAGGAGAUGGCCACACAGUCACUAAGGGAAGUCACAAGGCAUCUCCUACCCAGUUCAAUCCCCAUUACACAGGUUCUCUCCUGCUGCAGAAAACCCCUGAAGAGCAAGCAGCCCAACAUGUAGCUUAGGCAUUAGGGAACCUGCCCUCCCCUCCCCAGGAUGAAGAACAGGUCUGGGCCAGCCAAAGUGCUUCUCUGGGUACAAGAGGCAGGGCACCCCAGGCAGUUCCCACUCCUGGGCUAUUUGGGGUUGGCCCCUGGCUCCUCUUUUGGGCUGAGGCUGGAGUUUCACUUUUCAAUGAUAGCCCCACCUGACCGUUCCUUAGGCACAAUGGAGACAGCAGGCCACAGUAGCUCCCCAGGCUUUAGUGGGACAGAAAGGCAGGGUAGGCAGGACAGCCAACAGAGCCUAUGGCUAAGUUUGCAGUAUGUUUAAUAACAGCAGCUUUCAGCCCCUUUCCCUGGGCAUCAUUCCCCACAGUGGACCUGGGUUAGUCCAGCAAGGAGAGAUGGUCAUCUGCAAUCCAGACAGGAAGUAGAUACCUACACACACCACACUGACACACAUAUGUACUCAGGGGACCAACAGGACAUAAGGCAAAGACCCUCCCCUGCCUCUGGUCUGUUUUUUGGAUUUCUUUCUUUCUUUCUUUUUUUUUUUUUUUUUUUUAAUGUUCUGUACACUGUGUUGAAUGUACUUUUUUCCCCCUCAAUUGUUUUGGUCAUCAGUUUAAUAAUUCAGGUACUGAAUUUGAUUGUUGCUAACUGUGCCUUUCUUUUGCUGGGUUAAGAGACACCAUGUAUACUGUGAUGUAAAAGUGAGACUCUAAUUCUACCUUAAGCUACAUAAUCAGGCAAAUGUUUUAGAAAUAUAUAUGUCAACCUAACAGAGAUAGAAGCAAAUGACCCAUAACUCUUUAGUCUUUUUUUUAGGAAGAAAUGUGGAAUAGUUAAAUUUUCUCACUAAUUUAUUGGGAAGCUAAAAGGAUAAGUAUUUCCAUUUUUGUAGGCAUUUUUCUGCGUGUUAUAGGAACAAUAUAUAUCUUAUGUACAUCAUCUCGAUUGUUUAUAGUACAGGCAAAUAUUUCCAGUGAGAGGAAAUAUAAUUGAGGUUUAUAGAUGAGACAGUGUACACCCUUUCUAUGUAAACAAGCCAUUUUUCUAAAUUAUUUGAAAAGGAUGAUUGGAUUUCCCACUGUUAACUUUGAACACCAACUCACUAGCAACCUAAGGUAGACUCUAAAAUCCAAGCAUGAUGUAUCAGUAGUUUAGGCUCUAUUCUUUUCCCAGCUUAUUAUUUUUACAGUGGGAGACCUUUUUUUUAUGUCUGCCUUUAUAUUUUGAAGUGUGACUAUAAUUAGGCUAACAUUACAUUUAUUUAUAGUGAGCUUUUCAUAAAGAAGAGAACUAACUUUCUGUAUAAAUGAGCAUCAGGUAUGGAGCUAACGACUUCAGUGCAAUAUCUCCUGUUACUCAGAAGGAAAUGUUUCUAUUUUGGACAACAUAAAUAUUUGAGCUCAUAUUUUUAUAAUCCUGAUUGAAAACUUAGGGGCCUGGUAAUUUUUACCCAAACGGAAUCUGAUCAACUUAAGCCAGUAAAUUUGGGUCCUUUGGCUGCCAGGAGAAGAAAGAAGGUGCUUAGGAAACCGUCGGUACGCUGGAAGCCAGGAAGCUUCCCCAAAAGGUGUGCUUAGUGCAUUGAAUAAAAGGAGGGGUCCCACAUUUUGGGUCUACUACCCUAUUAAUUUUUUUUUUUUUUGUGUGUGUGUGUGUAGCUUAUAAAGAAUUUGAAAAUACUCUAUUUGUGUUUUGUUAUUUUUUGUUUGUUUGAUGACAGCUCUAUGCUAAAUGUAUUUUAAAAUAAAAGCCAAAUUCCAGAUUGAAA